GUAAAAUUUCUCUGGGUUUACUAUAGUAGAUAAUAAUAUUAGCAAAGAUUUAUCUCUAUAUUGCAUAUUUACAUUACAUAAGUUUGUUUAUACGAAGAUUAUUUUAUCGACUUAAUUACCUCUUUGCGUAGCUAUUUCGUUCCGCAAUUGUCAUUUGAGAAGAAAACAUUCAAUGAAUUAUGUCUGAAAACAUAGCUGCCGUACUUCGGGGACCAUACGAUGUCAAUGUUGAAAAAUGGCCAAUGCCCGAGAUAAAUGAAAACGAGGUUCUAAUAAAGAUGUCUUGCGUGGGCAUCUGCGGUUCAGACGUGAAGUUCUGGUCAACAGGCAGAUGUGGCAUGGAAACUAUCGUCGAGCCCAUUGUGAUGGGCCACGAGGGCGCAGGUAUAGUUGUAAAGGUAGGAGCAAAGGUGAAAAACUUGAAAGUGGAUGAUCGUGUAGCCAUCGAGCCGACACAACCUUGUCGAUGCUGUGAGUGGUGCAAGCAAGGACGGUAUAACCUGUGCAUUGAGCCUGGUUAUUGCUCUUCACAAGGCGCUUCUGGUAACUUGUGUCGCUACUAUAAACAUGUUAGCGAUUUUUGCCACAAGAUCCCAGAAAACCUAACAAUGGAAGAAGGCGCAGCCGUGCAGCCACUUGCGAUUGCGAUACACGCGUGUAAUCGCGCUGGAAUCAAGAUGGGCUCAAAACUGCUGAUUCUCGGUGCGGGUCCCAUUGGAGUCUUGUGCGCUAUGGUCGCUAAGGCUAUGGGAGUUACCAAGAUACUUAUGACUGAUGUAGUAGAAUCUCGGCUGAAGACAGCAAAAGGACUAGGUGCAGAUUACACCCUGUUGACAAAAAAGGACGACGUUGAGCAAGAGAUCCAAGAUAAGAUCGUCAACCUGUUGGGGUCGAAACCUGACGUCGCAAUAGACGCCUGUGGUUACGGCUCGGUGCAAAGAAUUGCCAUGUUGGUCACAAAAACUGGCGGCACAGUAUUGGUGGUAGGGAUCGCAGACAGCGUUGUGGAGGUACCGCUGUCUCAGGCGCUUCUGCGCGAAGUCGACAUCAAGGGAUCGUUUAGAAUCGUGCGCACAUACGAACCAGCGCUAGAGGCGGUGUCGAGCGGGGCCAUCGACUUGAAGAAGUUUAUAACGCAUCAUUUCGACAUUGGUCAAGUCAAAGAAGCCUUGCAACUCGCCAAGACCGGCGAAGCUAUGAAGAUUAUCAUACAUUUAAACACAUAAUUUGAGUCCUUUCAUUCUUUUAAAGACGUUAUAUAUGUAUACAUUACUAUUAUAAUAAUAAGUAUGAGUAAGCCGAAAAAUUUCCGAGUAACUGCUUAGAAUGUGAUAUCUAUUACUUUUUUAUGUUUCUGUCUCAUGGUUUUGAAUUCUACGGAUGGGACGUCCUGUAGCAAGAUGGGUGGACGACAUUGUCAAAGUUGCAGGCAGUAAAUGGGUGAGAUUAGCACAGGAUCGUGGUGGAUGGCACAAACUACGGGAGGCCUAUACCUAGCAGUGGGUGAAGUCGGGCUGUGGAUGAUGAUGACACAUUCUAUCAUGCGAUUAGUCAUAUAGUAUAACAUAUCAUAUAGCAUCAAAAGAUACUGUUAGAGAAUACAAAA